AUCCUCCGCCCAAUUCUUCCCCCAAAACGCACACCCCAAUCCGAUCCAGAAUUCCUCCGUCGCGAAUCCUCCCUUGUACCCUGUUCGAUCUCGUGCGCGGCGCGGAGCGGCGGACGACGACGAUGCCAACGGCGGCGGCGAUGGCCGGAGGGAUGGCGACGGGGCCAGGCAGCCGCGUGACGCGGUACGCCAAGUCGACGGCGGCGUCGGUGACGCCGGUCCGCCCCGGCAAGACGCACGCGCUGUCGGCGCUGGACAACGCCAUGGAGCGCCACGCGGUGUACCUGGUGCUCUACUACCGCGCCGCGCCGGGGCUCGACAGGGAGCCGCUCAAGGAGUCGCUGUCCGACGUGCUGUCGCAGUACCCGGCCAUGACCGGCCGCCUCACGCGCCCCGCCGCCGCCGCCGCCGGCGGCGGUGGAGAGGGCGGGGAGGGCGGCGGCGCCACGGCGGCUGUGCACCACGGGUGGAUCGUCAAGUGCAACGACGCCGGCGUGCGCACGGUGGACGCCACGGCGGCGGCCACGCUCGACGAGUGGCUCGCGACGGCGUCCGGCGAGGAGGAGAUGGACCUCGCCUACUUCGAGCCCAUGGGCCCCGACCCCUACAUCUGGUCUCCCUUCUACGUACAGCUGACGGAGUUCGCGGACAAAUCGUACGCGCUGGGGCUGAGCUGCACCCACCUGCACAACGACCCCACCGCCGCCGUGCUCUUCCUCAACGCCUGGGCCGCCGCCCACCGCCGGGAUAGCCCCUACCCUCCGUUCCUCCACUCGCCGGCGCUCGCCGCCAAGUCCGCCGCGCCGCCGCCGGAGCACCCGCUGCUCGCCGCCAAGUCCAGGGGCUCCCCGGACACCGGCGGCGAGAUGUCAUCCGCCACGUUCCGCUUCAGCGCAGCCGCGAUGCGCGCGCUGCUGUCCGCCGUCGAGCCGGGCACCACCCCGUUCGCCGCGCUGGCCGCGCUCUUCUGGCUCCGCGUCGCGGCCGCCGCCGCCGACGCCGCCGCCGGCGGCGGCGCGGCCGAGGAGAGGGAGCUGACGCUCGCGCUGGACUUCCGGAAGCGGAUGCAGGCGCCGCUGCCGACGGGGUACUACGGCACCGCGGUGCACUUCGCGACGGCGCGCGCCGACCUGUCGUCGGGGCUGGCGAGCGUGGCGGCCGCGGUGGAGCGGCGCGCGGCCGCCGUGCCGGAGGAGGAGCUGUGGCCCGCCAUCGAGUGGCUGCACACGCGCCAGGCCGCCGGCGGCGAGCCGUUCCAGAUGUACGGGCCGGAGCUGACGUGCAUGGCGCUCGACCACGUGCCCCUCUACGGCGCGGAGUUCGCGGCCGGGGCGGCGCCGGCGCGCGCCGCGUGCCGCGUCGGCGGGGCGAGCGGCGAGGGUCUCGUGAUCGUCCUGCCUUCGGCCGAGGGCGAGUCCGCGAGGGACGUGGCGGUGACGCUGCCGGCGGCGGUGACGGCCAGGAUCUGCCGCGACGGCGAGGUGCUCCGGUACGGCGCCGACGUGGUGUUCGGCCCAAAGGUGGACACGCAGGCCUCGUAGGAUGUCGGGCUGUCGGCCCACAGAAAAACUCAUCUGGGUUUCUUUGUGCUUUACUUAAUUUGUUGUGAUGUGGCCUUCAAAAGUUCAAAUGAUUGAUGUACCCUGCUUUGAUGUGUUUUUUUUUUUGGUCUUCUGUUGUAAUGCAUUUCCUAGUUACAAGUUACAACCAGUCAUAAGUUUUAUUUAUUUAUUGGUAAUAAAAAAUGUUGAACUGAAUUCAUUUAUGAGAGUAUCACUCUAUGCUA